AUUCUGUCGGUGCUACGAGUGCCUUCCUUUCGCGGUCAAUAAUGUUUUGUGAAGUCCUGAUGAAAAUUCUCCAUAUUUUCAGAGCUAGACUCUAUUCGUGUCAGAGUGUCUUCACCCGGAAUUGUUACCCGCCUUUGCAUUGAAGAAACGAGUUUUUUCAUAGCCUAAUGCCACUGAAUUUAGAUUUUCUUGGCGUGCAUCGGUAUUAGUUUCUUUCUGUCAUUUACUAAGCGAAUUGCACAGUUAAGUAGCCUGCUUAACUUCCAAGGCAUGUAAGUAUUUGAUGCUGAAUUACGUGAAUGCGAACCAGGGUGUGAAGUCUUCAUAAUACGCAGGGUCUCGUGAUGGGAAAGAUGGACAGAAAAGUACAGGUUGUGUGGACAGAUUGGCUUUCAAGUACAUGGAGAUGUGUAAAGUAGAAUCCAGCACGGACUCGGAGUCAGACACUAGUCCGAGAUGGUCUGACACAAGCACCAAGGGAUGUGUUUCUAAUACAUCUGAGAGCCGAACCCACAAGAUGCUGACAUUUGUACCAAAGCCUGGACGCUAUCAACUACCAUCUUUGGACCCCUAUGAUGGGAGCUCAGAGGACUCUGGGUCAUCUAAAUGUGGCCCAAAAGGACAGCGGCAGGGAGGCUGCAGAAUGCGGAGCAGGGGUCGCAGGGGGACUGCAAACGCAGCUACUUUCUCCAGGGAGGUGGGGAAAUGCGGGGCCCAGGCCAGCACACCAACACUGCCGGCUCCGGAUGUCCAGAUGAGAUCAUCAAGUGACUCCGAAAUUCGAAAAGCUGACCAUGGCCUCUUGUCCCCCAAAGGCCAUAAGGAACACAUGAAAGAGAUGGCCAUAGAUUCUGGGAUGCACACAGAAUCAUCCCUCUGCACACCUGGAGUCUUUGCCUACGUGGGUGUGACUCCUGUCCGACUGCCUGAAAGCCCCUCCCACAAGAGCCAGGCGGGAUCUCAUAGGCUGCAUCCCAAAUCUCCCAACAGCCCAACGCCUCUAAAGUCCCUUCCCAAACGCAAGUCAUGUUUCCCAGGUGCUGAAGCAGGGGAGCGCGGUCCAAGGAAGAGGCAAUGUGUUGUGGACAUGGAAGUGGCCCACUUUCCCCUGUAGACUUGUAUCUACAGGAAAAACAGCAGUGACUAUUUCUUCAUGAAGCACAUUUGAGCCAUACAUCUUUCCAAUCCAUUGUAAGCCAAGGGGUGUAUUUCCUAUUAAUUGAAGAUUAAUUUAAAAACUCUGUAUUAUAUGAUCGAGUGUUUGUGGUCACACUGCACCAGAUCCCUAAUUCAUGUGGGUUGUGACUAUGCAGAAUAUUCUCCAGUCUACAACCAAAAUAAAUAAGUGAGUCUUGAAAUGUGUACAGCUUGGCACCCUAAACCAGAAGCUACUGAUACUGCUAAUAUCAUUGACUUUUGUGAAGUUAGUUUUUUUAUUGGCUGAUACAAUGUAUUGAGUGCUCAUGGCUGUUCUGUUCUUUGCACAGAAGGGACGAGUCAUUUUUCUUAAUUUUUGAAAUGUGGAAUUGGGAACAAUUCACCAAGGGCUUCAUGCUUAAAGCACGUUUUGCCUUAUGUACACAAUUUAUAUUGUAUAAGGUUAUGCGCAGCAUAAGUUUUGCUUUGAUGGUGGAGUUCAGUACUUCUGUUUGUUUGAAGAAAAUAAAUAUUGCACUUGAAAUUAUAUCAAAGUGGCAGCACUGUCCUUGAGAUCCUGGUAGUUUUUCUUCAGUCAAAAUUUUGUAAGCCAGUUAUUUCUGUUCCAAUGUUUUAUACAAUUAAAAAUGUUCCAAGCAGG